AUGGCAAGCUUCCCGUUGCCUUACAACUUCUCCACUCCGUGCGACAACAUAGAGGUCUAUCCCCUCCAGCGCAACGACCAAAGGGUCUUGAUCGUAAUCCUCAAGUGCUGGAAAAACACCACCGACGACUGGCUUCCCGCGAUGGAAAUUCUCCGGAGGCAAUGGUGGCACCAGCGACAGGCGCACCCGCAUCUUGACCGGAAAAGAAUGGGUGGGGUCCUCAUCUCCUCGCAAAACAGCUUUCGGAUGUUCACCGAGUCCCCGGAGCUGGACUACGAGCCGCAGAUAUGGGCGGAGUUUGAGGAGGAUGUUCAGGCUUUCUUCCACGUUUUCGAUGAGAACAACUGA